CCCGUUAUAUGUUGUUCCAUUGACCUGAAUCGGAAAAAGACGAGAAAGCGCCGGCCCCGUAGCCCAGACUCUAACCUGUGUUUCGGGUGCGGUCACGUCGAGCAAACUUAGGCGGUAGCGCAUGUCAACAGCUGGCAGCAGUCGUGACAACAGCUGGCGGCGUUCGCGACAGCUGCUGAUUCGCCACCAUCAAGGUAAUUUGGAACUGCGCCGCUGGCAAGCCGCAGGCGGAGCUCAUGUCGGCGCCGGACGCCGUGGAAAACGCCCCAGAGCGCAUCCUCGCGCGGCGCCAACUGGCGUCGUGCUUUCACGCUGUCGACUUCCUGGAACGGGAGUUUGCGCGAUAGCACGUUCACGCGCUGCCUCCUGCUGCAUAUGCACGCCGACGCCCGGCGGCAGGCAGAGGAGGAGGGGCUGCGGCAGCCGCAGUUCCUGCUGGCGGGCACGCGUGCCACAGUGCAGCCCGCGGCUUCCGACCUGAGGCUCAUGCGGGAGGUGCAGAUACUGGCUGAUCAGUCGUGGGAUCAGCUGGAGGCUACGAAGAUGCUGGCCGUGCUAGGCUGACAGCGCGAGGUUCAGGCAGCAGCGGCGGACGUGGCGGCAGCGCAGGGCCGUCUGGCGCAGGUGCAGCAGAAGCCGCACUGCGCGGAGUGCCGCCGCCUGCGUCUCGCCGCGGGCACUGUCGGUGUCAGUGGCCUUGGACUCCUGGUCAGUGAGGUGGCGAAGCAGCUGGGACCAGAACCUCGCGAAUCACUAAAACGCGACCCUGGGUGCAACUGGCUGCGCUGGUGGUGCCGCAUCAAGGUGGACGAUGUGAUUGAGCGCCGUCAGCUGCCCCAGCAGCUGCCACGGCAGCGGCUGUGCAGCCGCGUCUGUCGUCUGACUGCUGCCAUCCUGUCGGACAGCGAGCUGUCAGCAGCCGCCGUCCCGCCGGCAGCGCAGCCCGCGUGGGAGGACCUGAUGCAGCUGGUGCGCGAUGAGCGCGCCAAGCGCCGCGAGCAGGGCCUUCUGCUGGGGCCGGGGCGGAGCCAGGAGCACCUGGAGCAUGGCACGACGCGUGUGGUCUGGGCGGCGGACAUCUCAAUGGACCUGGCGGGUGCAAUGCUGCUCCAGCAGCGGCACAGGGCCUGGCAGCAGCGGCCCUGGGCCCAGCAGUUGCGGCGUGCAUGUGCGUAGCGGAGAGGGCGAGCAAGGCCACUGGAGGAGGAGAACGCGGCGCCGCCUAAGAAGUGGCGCCGGCGCGCAAGUUGAGGCCGGCCGGUGUCGAGUUAGGGUGUUGCCUGGGCGAGGGGAGGAGGCCGUGGAAAACAACGUGCGGUGCAGGGCCUGCAUGGUAGCCAGGGCAGUUGUGAGUUGUAGCCUUGCUGCAGCUCGCUCCUCAACCGCAAACAAAAUGUUGGAACGACGAAGGCUAAGAAACAGGCUUUGUUGCUCCUCCUCAGUAGGCGUGCCGUUCAUGCUGUUCAUGCUUGUGUUCAUGCUGGGAGGCUGGUACGUAGAAGCACAUCCGGAGGACAGAAAGGGGCAGCUCUAGGUGCGUCAUGUGUAAUUAAGGUGGCGGUGUCAUCUGGGACAGGCGGAUGAGCGGAUCCUACACCGGUUGGCAUGCGGCGCUGUCUGGGGAGUCCUGGGGGAGGGGUGAGGGUUAAUCGUGACGGCGAGAAGGGAGGCGACGUUAUCUGGCUCCGGAAGCAAUUCAUUUCACUUAAUAAGGGCACACGG